AUGGGUCACACGGUUCCUCCGCUCAAAGACGCAAGUCUCCUCAUCCAAAAAUGCUUCAUCAACGGUGAAUUCGUCGACGCUGCGUCGGGCGCCACCUUUGAAGUCCACGACCCGGCGACAGGCAAGCUCGUCGGCACCUGCCCGGAAUGCGAUGUCGGGGACACCGAGAGGGCUGUGGCCGCCGCCGACGCAGCCUUCAAGACCUUCCGGCGGACGACGGCCAGGCACAGGUCCAGGCUGCUGCGGAGGUGGUACGACCUCCUCGUCGACAACGCCGAGGACAUCGCCACCCUCAUCGCCUGGGAGAGCGGCAAGCCGCUCGCCGACGCCCGCGCCGAGGCCGCCUACGCCGCGAGCUUCCUCGAGUGGUUCUCCGAGGAGGCGCCCCGCGUCUACGGCGACACCUUUCCCACCUCCGGCUCGGGCCAGCGCGCCGUGACCCUCAAGCAGCCCGUCGGCGUCUGCAGCCUCGUGACGCCGUGGAACUUCCCCGCGGCCAUGGUCACGCGCAAGGCCGGGCCGGCCCUGGCGGCGGGCUGCGCCGUCGUGGUCAAGUCGCCCGGCGAGACGCCCUUCACCGUCAACGCGCUGGCCGAGCUGGCGCGGCGCGCGGGCGUCCCCGCCGGCGCGCUCAACGUCGUGACCACGCUCGCCAACACGCCGCGCGUCGGCGAGGCGCUGACCACGCUGCCGGCCGUCAAGAAGGUGUCCUUUACGGGCAGCACGGGCGUCGGCAAGCUGCUCGCGCGGCAGUCGUCCUCGACGCUCAAGAAGCUGUCCCUGGAGCUCGGCGGCAACGCGCCGCUGAUCGUCUUCGACGACUGCCCCGACCUCGACGCCGCCGUCGAGGGGUGCGUCGCGGCCAAGUUUCGCGGCUCCGGCCAGACGUGCGUCUGCGCCAACAGGAUAUAUGUCCAGAGCGGCGUCUACGAGCUGUUUGCGGAGAAGCUGGCGGAGAGGGUCAAGAGGUUCAAGGUGGGACAUGCCUUUGACGAGGGCGUCACGCACGGGGCUCUCAUCCACUCCCGAGCUGUGGACAAGGUCGAGAGCCACGUCAAAGACGCCGUGAGCAAGGGUGCCACGGUGUUGGUUGGCGGAGAACGCCUACCUGAGCUAGGGCCCUCGUUCUUUCAGCCCACUGUGCUGAUGGGUAUGAAUGAGAAUAUGGAGAUUGCCUCUAACGAGACUUUUGGGCCGGUCGCCGGGCUUUUCAAGUUUGAGACAGAAGAGCAGGUCGUUGCUUGGGCUAAUGAAUCAGAGGUUGGGUUGGCGGGAUAUGUCUUCAGCUCGAGCAUUGACAGAGUGACACGGCUCGCCGAAGACCUCGAGGUCGGCAUGCUUGGUAUCAACACGGGUAUUAUUAGCGACGCCUCAACACCAUUCGGCGGGAUCAAGGAGUCCGGCUUCGGAAGGGAAGGUUCAAAAUAUGGCAUUGAGGAGUACCUCGUUAUGAAGACGGUGACUCUAGCGGCGUUGCGACCAUAG